AUGUCCAACCUACCCAAGGUUCGUUGGGGUAUUAUUGCUACCGGCAUGAUAUCCUCAUGGUUUGUGGAGGAUCUGGUUCUCGACUGGCCGGAAGCCAAAGUAGAACAUGUUGUCCAAGCUAUUGGCACUUCAAGUGUUGAAAAGGGCCAAGAAUUUGCGAGAAGGUACUGCCCGAAACAAAGCCCACGUGUCUAUAGCUCCUAUAAAGAAGUCUACAACGAUGCAGACGUGGACAUUGUAUAUAUCGGAACCCCCCACGGGUUUCAUUAUCGCGAUUGCAUGGAGGCAAUUUCUGCUGGAAAGAAUGUCUUGUGCGAGAAAUCUUUCACCCUGAAUGCCAAACAAUCGAGGGAGAUAUUCAAUGCCGCUCGCGAGAAGAAUGUAUAUGUGGCAGAAGCAAUGUGGCUCCGACAUCGACCGCUUUUCAUCGAGCUCCAGCGAUUGCUCCACGAAGAGAAGAUCAUUGGCGAUGUCUUCCGGGUGUUCUCGGACUUUGCGUCUGGUGUUGAUAUUGCCUCACUUCCAUCCACAUCCCGAUACCGCAAUAUUUCAUUGGGAGCGGGGUCAUUGCUGGAUAUUGGGGUGUAUUCGCUCACUUGGGCUAGAAUGGCGCUGGGUGGAAAUGCACCUGAUCAGGCAGAGAUGGCAGAGAUGCCGCGCAUUAUGGCCGCACAAACCCAUGAAGGAGGAGUUGAAGUGACUACUAGUGCAGUUUUGCAGUAUCCCUCGACUGGAAAGCAGGGUAUUGUCACUUCAACUACCAAAGCCCUCGGUGCUCCUGGUGAAGUUUUUGCUGUUAUACACGGGACCAAUGGGUACGUUGAGAUAGAAGGUAGGACUCCAUCUGCGCCGGAAUCCUUUACUGUAUGGAAGAAGCAGGAAGGAAAUCCUGAUCGCGCGUUUUUCCCGAGGGAGACGUGUCAAGGAAAGAAAUAUGAGUUUUCGACCCUGGGGCGUGGCUUUGUUCACGAGGCUGAGCAAACGGCACUGGAUAUUCUUGAAGGUCAGAAAGAGAGCAGGAUUAUGCCGUGGGCUGAAACACUGUAUAUGAUGGAUAUCAUGGACGAGAUACGGCGACAGGGUAACACAAUAUAUCCCGGAGAGUGA